UAAUAACGGCAGCGACGACAACAACAGCACUUCCGAUUCAUCCACUCCAGCCAACCGCCGGCACCAUGGCGCAGCCCUUCACACAAUUCUGGCCUGUCUUCACCAUCAGGUCAGAUGGGCAGGAAGUGGUGAAUCUCAAGGGCAAGAUCCAUCGCAACGGGCCCACCGAAGCUCAGCUCGACCGCACCCCCAACGAUCAAGGCGUCAGCGACUACUACCGCCUGCUCGAGAGAGAUGACCCAAAGCAUCUGGAUUGGCGCAAGAAGCUGGGUGGAAUGCUACUGCGCGAAAUCGGUGGCGAGGAGUACGAGGACAAGUGGCCCACGAGCAUACUGAAUGAAUUCCCAGAGGGCUAUCGCUUGUACGAACAUAUCAAGGCUAAAGCCACCAACGAGUCCAAGUCGCUCAAGAACCACUCGGGCGGCGGCCACGAUAGGCAGGACGCCUAUCUAUACGGCUACCCCAAGGGCCCCAAGAAGCGCUUUCGCAGCCCCAUGGAGUUCUUCCCGCACCUGCUCUGGCUGUCCACCGAUGAAGCCUGUGAUUACCAAAACUGCACCUGUCGAAUUUGCUCGCCCAUGCAGGUCGACGCAGAGAAGCCUGCACCGCCUCCAGUAAAACCGGAUGCCAGUCUUGCCAUUAGGAACGAACCCUCAUCCGCUGCCUUCGCCCGCCCCGCUCCCGUCCCUCUCCGCCGACCCAGCAGCACCACUGGUACGCCCGCUGCGCAAAGCCCCGUCGUGAAGCCUGCUCUACCCAAUUCCGUCAACUCUGCUCUAUCUUACCCUGUUCCUACGCCCGUGUCCACCGCGGAUGCUCGCCAGGAUAAGCUGCCAAAAGUUAAUGUGCCCACACCCCUUCCGCAGCCCCGCUCGUACGACCAACAGAUCGACUGUCAAUAUGGGAAGUUUGUUGUGCGCACUGGCGAGGUCGUCUGGUUUCACAGGGCGUCAAAGGGAGCGUGGGGCUUAGGCAUCGUCGCCCGCCGCUGGAUACCAAAAGAUGGAUCGAGUGACCGUGCAUAUUUGAUCCAACCUCUAUCACAUCCUUACGAAACACCAUCUCAAGAACUAAUUACUACCGAAGAGAAAGUGAAACCGUGGCUUGCUUGGUCGGCCCCUUCAUGCACAUACUCUUUCCUGCAGCAGAAUCCCACUCUUAGCUACGACCGCGUGGAAUGGAGCGCCUUGCUGUCUGGCCAAUAUGGCCAGGGCAUUCCUGACGUCGACGCGUGUAUCCUUGCCGCUAAACAGGUGGAUACUACUUACACGCUGUUCGACCGUGUCAAGUCUCAGGUAGUUGCGGGGGUGGAAUACCGAUACUGGAAUGGCAUCUACCUGGGCGGCGAGAAGAUCUGGAACGGAGAUCCUGUGCGUCUGCGCCUGGCUUUCGGGCACGACAUCAUGGUAGUGACAGAUAUAGUUGAGAAGGUCUUUCCAGCCAACCCACCCAAUGCCACCUCGAAGAUCAGCUUCGUCGGAGACGUUUACUCGUACAGGACAAUGGCACCCAACAAUGUUCCUGCAGACAGCCGCAUCCCCAUUCGGAUGCGGGAGGAUCUCCGUUGGCGCAAUCAACAACUCAUUCCAGCCACGGGCACUCAGGCCUACUGGGCACUUGUGCAUGUGGGCACAUCCAUGGACGUUGAAGAAAUCAAAGGUCGUUGGUACGAGACUAGCCUGCUGUUUGUCGACUACUUCCAGAAAUCCAUCAAGAACAACGAAAGUGGCAACGGCGUCCGCAUGAACGCUCGCGGAGACGCCACUGGUAGUGGCAAGAUUCUGGGGACGGCUCGACCUACUCGUUUGUCAGCAUUCGGUGCGGCCGUUCCGAAAAACAUGCAGCUCAUCGAGAGUCUGGAACCCCCCAGCGAGCAAGCCAAAUCCACUUUGACCGGCAUGCAAGGUAUGGAUAUGAGCAUUGUCGGUGCCAACUCGGAUUCUUUCCAGUUUGAUGAUCUAUUGAACCUGGAGGGUACUGAUGACGGGCCUAUUGCGUUUGCUCAAGACUACAAUUUCGGAUGA